UCAUCCAUCGUGGCCUUUAUUCCUUUGUUCCUCUCAGCUUGAGGAACACAAGUGGCUGGAAACAUGAUCAUAAAAGUGCGGGAGAACAGAUUCCGUCUUCCACCGCCACCACACCACCAGCGACAGUUUUCAUCGAGACAUCAGGGCGGGCGGGCAGCAUCUCCGAGACACGAGAUUACCUACCGCCAAUGUAUAGAGCUCAGGAGAAGUCGAUGAACGCUGCGUCGACAUGGUCAGCGGCCUGCCUUCCUGGUGCAGGAUUAGAUUGACUUCUCUAUGUCCCGAAUCCACUUUGGAAAAGGGCGGGAAGCAACCCAACGGCUAACGCAGAAGGAGAACGACAAGCAAGAAAGGAAUCAAGAGCAGGAUGGAGAGGAGCGUCGAUGUCAAGCAACCCAACCAUCCAUGGUAGAAGAAUCCAGGAGCAAAAGCAAAAGGAGAGAGCAUCCUCGCCUCUCCUUUCGCCUUUCCUCCUCCCUCAUCAGAGAACAAGAAGCAAGAGAUCCUCUGCCUCACAUGAGAACAUGACGAGCCCACCGCUUCCGGUCAUCCGCAAGCUCGCCGUCGAGGUCAUCGACGCCCGUGACCUCCUCCCCAAGGACGGCCACGGCACCUCCAGCCCCUACGUCGUCGUAGAAUUCGAUGGCCAGCGGAAGCAAACCCACACCGUGCAGCGCGACCUCAACCCGCAGUGGAAUGAGCGCCUGGAGUUCGUCGUCGCCGACGACGUUUCCUUGGAGGACGAGGAGCUCAACGUGGAGGUCUACAACGACAAGCGGAUGGGAAGCCCGAGUGGCGCCCGCAAGAACCACUUCCUCGGCCGCGUCCGGAUCUACGGCUCCCAGUUUGCCCGCCGCGGGGAGGAGGGGUUGAUCUACUUCCCGCUGGAGAAGCGGAACCUCCUCAGCUGGAUCCGGGGCGAGAUCGGCCUAAAGAUGUAUUAUUACGAUGAGCCGAUCUCUGAGGAAGGGAAGCCCGAAGGAACUGAUCCCGACCAGCUCCCCGCCCCGCAGCACAAACCGGAGGAGCCCAAGGAUCCCCCGCCCGAUCUCCCUGAGCCCACGGAGACCGCCGCGGAGACGCAGUCCCCGCCGCUGGUCUCCGUGGUGGUGGUGGCGGAAUCGCCGCCCCCGACGGCGCACGGUCAGGACGACAUGGCGGUGCCUCCGUCGCCGGAGACCACACCGGUGGAGGCUUAUCCGCCGGAGAUGCGCAAGGCGCAGACGUCGGCGUUCACGGAGAGGGUCCGGGCGUCCAGCAGGAGACCCAUGGGCGGGGACUAUCGACCGAGGGUCGUGUCAGGGCGGUUCGUCUCCCACAGCGAGGCCGGCGGCGGGAACCACGACCGGUUUCCGCCACCGGUCUACGACCUGGUGGAGCCGAUGCAGUACCUUUUCGUGCGCAUCGUGAAGGCCCGGGGCCUCCGCCCAUGCCACAGCCCGCACGUGAAGAUCCGGACGGGGCCGAUCGCUGGCCAGUCCUUGCCAGCGCGGGACAGCGGUGCCGGCUGCCCGGAGUGGAACCAGGUGUUCGCGCUAAGCCAGUGCAAGCCGGAGUCGACGCUGGAGAUCUCGGUGUGGGAGGACGGGCCCAACGAGGCGUUCCUGGGCGGCGUGUGCUUCAACCUGACGGACGUGCCGGUCCGAGACCAGCCGGACGGCCCGCUCGCCCCGCAGUGGUACAAGCUCGAGGGCGCUAGCGAUGACGCGCCGGUCACGGGCGACAUCAUGGUGGCGGUUUGGAUCGGGACCCAGGCGGACGAGUCGUUCGCCGAGUCAUGGAACUCGGACGCGCCGUACGUGAGCUACGCCUACACCCGGUCCAAGGUCUACCAGUCGCCCAAGAUGUGGUACCUCCGGGCCUACGUCAUCGAGGCGCAGGACCUGCGUCUUGCGUCCGCCGCGCCGCUGCCGCCCGGCGUGCCGCACAACGUGCGCGUCAAGAUCCAUCUGGGUUUCCAGUCCGCGAUGACUCGGCGGCCUAUCGCCGUGAGCAGCAGCUCGUCGUCCUUAUCGUGGAUGGAGGACCUCAUGUUCGUGGCGUCCGAGCCCCUCAGUAACCACGAGAUGAUCGUGGAGGUCGAGGACCGGUCGACCAAGGAGCCGGAGCCGCUGGGGUACGCGGUGGUGCCGGUGGUCUCGGUGGAGCAGCGACUGGACGAACGGCAGGCGGUGGCGUCACGGUGGUUCAACCUGGAGUCGACGGCCACGAGGGAGUGCGGAGCGGCGCCCGGCGGCGGCUACCGCGGCCGGAUCCACCUCCGACUUUGCUUGGAGGGUGGCUACCACGUGCUGGACGAGGCGGCGCACGUGUGCAGCGACUUCCGGCCGACGGCUAAGCAGCUAUGGAAGCCGGCGGUAGGGGUGCUGGAGCUCGGUAUCCUGGGGGCUCGCGGCCUGAUUCCCAUGAAGACCAGGGGCGCCGGCGGGGGCGGCGCCAAGGGCUCCACCGACGCCUACUGCGUCGCCAAGUACGGUAAGAAAUGGGUACGGACGCGUACCAUCACCGACAGCUUCGACCCGCGCUGGAACGAGCAGUACACUUGGCAGGUAUACGACCCUUGCACGGUCCUCACCAUCGGCGUGUUCGACAACUGGCGCAUGUUCGACGCAGCGGGCAACCGGCAAGACUACCGGAUCGGCAAGGUCCGGAUCCGGGUAUCCACCCUGGAGAGCAACCGGGUGUACACCGCCUCGUACCCGCUGUUGCGGCUUCUGCCGUCCGGGGUCAAAAAGUUGGGGGAGGUGCAACUGGCCGUCCGCUUCGCGUGCGCCGCUCUGCUCCCGGACACCUGCGCAAUGUACGCGCAGCCGAUGCUCCCCCGGAUGCACCACCUACGACCCCUCGGCGUGUUGCAGCAGGAUGUGCUGCGGGUGUCGGCGAUCAUAUUGGUGAGCGAGUGGCUAGAGCGGUCGGAGCCGCCGCUGGGGCAGGAGGUGGUGCGGUACAUGCUCGACGUGAACUGGCACUCGUGGAGCAACCGACGGAGCAAGGCCAAUUGGUUCCGGAUCAUGGGCGUCAUCGACUGGGCCUUCGGUCUGGCGCGGUGGAUCGACGACAUCCGGCGGUGGCGGAACCCAACCACCACGGUGCUGGUGCACGUGCUGUACCUGGUGCUGGUGUGGUACCCGGAGCUGGUGGUGCCCACGGCAUCGCUCUACGUGUUCCUCAUCGGGGCGUGGUACUCCCGCUUCCGGCCGCGGGCGCCCGCGGGGAUGGACGUGCGGCUGUCGCAGGCGGACAUGGUGGAUGCGGAAGACCUGGACGAGGAGUUCGACCCAGUGCCGAGCACGAAGCCGGCGGAGGUGGUGAGGGCGCGAUACGACCGGCUGAGGAUACUGGCGGCGCGGGUGCAGAGGCUGCUGGGGGACUUGGCGGCGCAGGGGGAGCGGGUGCAGGCGCUGGUAAGCUGGAGGGACCCCCGGGCGACGAAGCUCUUCAUCGGGGCGUGCCUAGCGGUGGCGCUGGUGUUCUACGUGGUGCCACCCAAGAUGAUCGCGGUAGCGCUCGGCUUCUACUUCCUGCGCCACCCCAUGUUCCGGGACCCCAUGCCGCCGGCCAGCCUGAACUUUUUCCGCCGCCUCCCCAGCUUGUCCGAUCGGAUGCUGUAGUCGUCGCCUCGGGCAUCACACCCGAGACUUUGUGGUGCAUUCCAAGAAGCAGGGUGGCAGUUGGGAGGAAGACGAACUACCAAAAUGAAGAUGUAAUCACCAUUUAGUUGGGGCGGAUUAAUUUUAAAGAAUAAGACACGUAUGCAAAAUUUCA